AUGACCAGCACAACCCUCCCUAUCCUCCCCACCUACCCACCGACCAUUCAAACGGACCGGCUCCUCCUUCGUCCUUUUUCCCCAACCGACGUCACUCAAUACCAUGUUCUUCGCCAGCAGCCCGAGGUCAUGAUAUGGACAUCUGCCAUCCAUUGUGAUGAAACGAUCAGCCAGACACAGGAGUGGAUGGCGCGGCACCAGACCAGCCCAGAUCUCAGGACUUUCUCUUUUAGCAUUGAGGAGUUGUCGAAUCCCGGGCAGGUGAUUGGUUCUGCUGGAUGUAGUGUUGUCCCUGGGAAACAACCAGAAGUGGGGUACAUGUUUCGUAAGGAGAUGUGGGGAAGAGGGUAUGCUACAGAGGCGGUGAAGGCUGUAUUGAAUGCUUACUGGAACCUGGAGAGGGGGGAGGUCGAAGUGGAAUCCCAUCUAGAGAAGGAAGGCAUCGUUGUGGAGAAAGAGCAUUGUGACCAGUGCAAAGAUUCUGUAGACUAUACCUCCUAUGCUGCCGGCUUCCAGGUCGAGAAGUUAUCGGCGGUGACGGUGAGUGCGAAUGUAGGAAGCCGGAGGGUGCUGGAGAAGCUUGGGUUUGUCAUGGUCAAGGAGUUCAAGGAUUGGGACACUGGAGGAAGAGAAUGCAUAGAGUACAUUCUGCAGAGGCCAAGACAUUGA